AUGUACCAGAAAUACACCUUGGGGUUCAUACGAUGUCCAGAAACAAAUCAGGUACUUCUCUUGAAUAGAGAAAAACUGCCAUGGAUGGGUAGAUGGAACGGGGUGGGUGGAAAAUUAGAUGCUGAUGAGACUCCAUUGCAAUGUAUAAUCCGAGAGACUUUAGAAGAAACUGGUUUGAACGUAGAUUCAUAUAUAGAUAGAGGUGUUUUAUUGUGGAACGUUGAUGGUGAGGAUAAAGGUGGAGUGCAUUUAUUCACUGCUGACAUUUCCCGGCAGCAAUUGGAAAAAUACCCAACUCCAAUUCGUUACUGCCAUGAAGGUGUUCUUGACUGGAAAAACUUGGAUUGGGUGUUACACGAGGAAAAUACGGGAGUGGUGGAUAAUAUUAAGAUUAUGUUCCGAGACGUAUUUGAUGCUCAACUGCAAGCUGUGUUCACAUCUAAAUACUCAAAUAAUUUUCUCAUCAGCUUUGUCUACUACCCGCAGGGACAGUUAAUAAAAUAA